UUUUUUUCAUCAGUUGAUUCUUACAAUUAGAAUUAGAAGUUAAUUUUUCUCCAUCGUUUUCUUUUUUAGUUAAUUGUUGAAAUUGGUUCAAUCAACAAGCAUCUUUUUAAUUCACCGAUGAUCAACAGUUAAAGAAAAAAGAAAAAUCAAUUGGAAUCGUUAUUUUUUUGUUCUUCUUCUUCUCUCCUUGGUUACAUCUUCAUCUGUCAUUUUUCUCGUUUUUUAUUUCUUCUCUCAUUUUCUCUGUUACAUUUGAAAACAAAUUGUUCGUUAAUUUUUUGUUCGCUGUUUAUUAAUCCAUUUUUACUUAAUCAACCAUGGAUUUGCAAAUUUCUACUCCAUCAGUUAAUAGUUUUACUGUCUAUGAUUAUGGUGUCUUUGUUCUUAUGCUCAUAUCAUCAGCUGCCAUUGGGAUCUACUAUGCUUUUCAGGAUCGCAAGAAUAAAUCAUCGAAAGAAUUUUUAACCGCCAAUCGAUCUCUUCAUUGGUUCCCAGUCGCCAUGUCUUUAAUGGCAAGUUUCCAAAGUUCAGUUACCAUUCUAGGUUACCCGGCGGAAAUGUAUUUCUCAGGAACCCAAUUUUGGCUCGUUAUAAUCUCUGCAUGUCUGGCUGCUGUUGCUGCUGCUGAACUUUUCUUACCUGUUUACUAUGGACUAUCUUUCACCAGCGUCAACAAGGUAAUACAUACGCACUAUUUAUCAGACUGAGUUCAUACUCUCUCUCUCUCUCUCUUUCU